AUGAUCCAAAUUCGACCAGCGACAAAGAGCGAAAUCCCGACAAUCUCCAAUAUUGCCGCCACAGCUUUCUGGAACCAUCCUGAUGUAGUACGGUACUAUCCCAAGCGCGGAAAACAUCCCCAAGCAUUUGUUCAUGGUUACGAACGUGUGUUGGAGGAACAUCUCUACAGCUCUGGCGCCCGUUUACUGAUUGCUAUCCAUGUUCCUGAUGGUCCCACAAAUGAAAACGCCACCAAAUCAAUUGUGGGCUUUGCUGCGUGGCAGCGAUAUGGCGAUAGCGAUUGCGCCGAAGAGUGGAAGAAACGCUCCUGGAGCACACGAUUAUUCUCGGCUUUGCUGACGGUGCGGAAUUUCGCCACAAUUGACCGAUCAUAUUUGGGACCCUUGCAAAGGUGGGAGCUGCAUCGGAAAUCUACGGAGACGGAAGAAGAAAUUGGUGAUGUGCAAGUCAAGGAAACCGAGGAUCACUGGUGUCUUCAUGUUCUUGCCGUGCAACCUGAAUGGCAACAUAAGGGAGUCGGAACUGCACUCCUAGAUUGGGGCGUGAAGGAAGCCAUGCGAGAGGAAGUCCCCCUCCUGCUCUGGGCAUCAGUGGUUGUAGAAGGGUUUUAUCGCGCCCACAGAUUCACCCAUGUUAAGAAAGUAUCAAGGAAUGGAGAAGAUAUUGAUUACCUGAUGGCUAAACUACCGACUAAAGUGGGUGAUACAGAUGUUGAGGGCGAAAAUGCUGUCGCUGGAGCCGAAAUCACAGAAGAUGAUAUAUCAACAAGGUGA